AUGGUGAUACUUCACCUAGAACGGCGCUCAAAAUUGAGCGCCACUCAAUCCGAAGCAAGCAAAAAAAAACAGGUAAAGUUCAGAACAUACAUGGAACGGAAACAGAAAUAGAAUAAUUCGAGUUUUUUCAGAUAUUUUCGUUGGGAUAAUGAUGAUCCACCUCGACGGGUGACAAAAAUGGAACGCCAUCUUCUCCGGUUGCUUCACAACGCGUCAAAAAACGCAGGUUAUUUUUUAAUUUUCGUCGAACUCGAUAAGAGAAAAACAAAAAGUUAGUGUUGAAACUCUCAAUCUCGUAAAACUUUCCGUUUUUAUCAGAACUUGAAGAAAAAGCAUGGAAAGUCAUUUCAUUUUUGAAGCCGUUCACAGCAGACAGAGAUGAAUUAUUUUUCUUGAAAAUUUUCUAUUUUUACAUCCGAUUUUGAUAAUCUUGUCGAUGAAAAAUGCUUUUUUGCAGACUGCGGCGGCUCCGAACCUCAACCUAAUCUGCAAGCACCGCGACACGGUCACAGGCGAAGGAGAUAAACGGACACGAAAGUUAGCAUUUUUACUUCCCACUGAAGGAGAAACGCUUUUGUUUUUCGAGUGAGUUUUUAACUUUCAUUUCUUGAAACUUGGACUUUUUCACAAAUAGUGUUUGUUGAAUUUUGGGUCUUCGAUUCAGAAGCCCGGAGUAGCAAACUUUCUGAGUCAAUACAUUAAUUUUCAGGAUGAACAACCGACUCUCCCACGAAAAGUCGCAGAAAAGAAGACCGUUUCGGGUUUGA